GCUCCAGAAGACAAAUUAAAGACUGGUCCAAAAAUGUAUGAAGAUACAGUAGGCUGCAACUUUGACCAAAACUCCAUGCCAGAAUCAGCAGAAAGUGUCCUCAACCUCAACCCUCUUCCCCUGUCACCUCCACCACAAGUUCUCAUGCCUUCUCUCUUAGAAACCCACAACAACAACAACAACAGCUUUGCUGUUGUAGAAAACUUGAGACUCUCCAUGGAAGAGCUCUCCUACCCUCAUCAACAAGAUCAUCAUGCUGCCAUGGAAAUUGAGCUCCAAAAUGAACUUGGAUUCAAUCCAUACAGCACCAAUACUGACCAUUUGGUUUCCUUUGAGCAACAAACCAAUUGGGACAAUAUUCAUGGUGUCCAUGAUCAGAUGCAGCAACAAUUGCAAGAUGGUGCUAAUGGUGCAUACCCACAUACACCUGACCUUCUCAACCUUUUCAGCUUACCUAGAUGCUCACCCUCCUCUGUUCUCCAAAACUCGUCCAUUACCUUCACAAACCCCAACCCGAAAAGCUCAAAUUUUCUGAACUCUUUGGGGUUCCUCGGAGAUGUCCAUGGUGGGAUUGACCACCCGACAGGGAUAGCGAGUUCGGUUCUCUAUGACCCACUUUUCCAUUUGAACCUGCCUCCACAGCCACCAUUGUUCAGGGAAUUGCUUCAGUCAUUGCCAUAUGGAUACAGCUUGCCAGGCUCAAGAAAUGGGUCUUUGUUUACUAGUGGUGGGGAUGAGGGAGAGGGGAUUGGAGGAGGGGUUUACUCUGAUGUGAUUAAUAAUGGGAAGCAAUUUGAGAAUGGGGUGUUGGAGUUCUCCAGAGAAAUGGGUUCUAUUGGAAGAGGAGGAGACGUCAAAGGGACCAAACACUUUGCAACCAAUAAAAUCCGAAGGCAACAAAUUUAUCUGAAGGCAACUUAUUUACCGAAUGCAAUAUCUAUAUAUCUGGGAUCCAACGGCUCCACUGUAUUGAACCUGGGAAUCGCACAAUAUGCGAGAUCUGUUCGGGGUUCAAACAUUAUCCGAAUCGAGAUCCGCGACUUCCUACGCGCUCGUGACAAUACAAGGAUCACUCUAGGACUGAAUGUGGUCUCCACCAGGCUGCCCACGCGCCGAUGCACAUGCCGGCAGUGCGUGAGUAACCCAAGCGAUAAGGCUUCGCCAGAAAAUCUCAGAAUUAUGGCUCAAAACUCAUAUCCUAGGUGA